CAUAGGAGUAGUCAUGUUAUGAGUGUAUGAGUGACUCAACAAUAAUUGAAUUCUUAUUAAAAGUAAUUCAUUUGACGAUCACUUCAGUCGACAAUAUCUUCAACUGAACCAACAUUUGAUCCAAUCUUAAGUCCACUGUCAACAUCAAACCAACUCUCGAUUAUCGCAAUCUAUUGUCAUUGAAUUGAAGGCAAACGAUGGCAGACAAGAAGAAUGACAAAGACUUGUCGACCGCUAUCUUGAAUACCAAACAAAAGCCGAAUCGGCUUCUGGUGGAGGAGGCGGCCAACGAUGACAACUCUGUGGUGGCCUUA